CUGGAGUCACUCUAAAAUAGUUCCGAUCUCUCCUUGGGUGAAGGUUCACUGCGGUGCGGUGUCUGAAAGAACAGCAGUUAGGAUUUUCACGUAUUUAGCUACAAUGUCUGGCCGUGUUCUUGUCGGCGUUAAGCGUGUCAUCGACUAUGCAGUCAAGAUUCGUGUAAAGCCAGACCACACUGGUGUAGUCACAGAUGGAGUGAAGCACUCGAUGAACCCCUUCUGUGAGAUCGCCGUGGAGGAGGCCGUCAAGCUGAAGGAAAAGAAGCUUAUUAAGGAGGUUGUAGCCGUCAGCUGUGGGCCACAGCAGUCUCAGGAGACCAUCCGUACUGCCCUGGCCAUGGGGGCUGAUCGUGGUAUUCAUGUAGAGGUUAGUGGGAAAGACUACGAUUCACUCGGACCCCUGCAGGUCUCCAAGAUCCUGGCUGCUUUGGCCAAAAAAGAAGAAGCUCAACUCAUCAUCCUUGGCAAACAGGCCAUUGAUGAUGAUUGUAAUCAGACCGGCCAGAUGACUGCAGCCUUACUGGACUGGCCUCAGGGCACCUUUGCUUCUGAGGUGUCACUGGAAGCAGAAAAGAUUAAAGUGGUCAGAGAAAUCGAUGGCGGGCUGGAAACUAUUAAAAUCAACACGCCGGCUGUGCUGACUGCAGACCUGAGACUAAACACCCCCAGAUAUGCAACCCUGCCUAAUAUUAUGAAAGCCAAGAAGAAGAAAAUUGCAAACGUGAAGCCUGCAGAUUUAGGAGUAGACCUCACUUCUCGGCUGGAGGUUCUGAGGGUUGAUGAGCCCCCGCAGAGGGAGGCAGGGGUUAAGGUGGAGACGGUGGAAGACCUCGUGGCCAAACUGAAGGAUACAGGGAAGAUAUAGAAGCCUAAUGAGCUAAACCACAGGGGUGCACAUCUCAGCAGAGGGGACUCUGAUGAAUAACAAGACUGUACUGCACAAGUACACCCAGCAGGACAGGUCUUUGUGACUGUGGCUCCUGACUGUAGUAGGAGAGGAGGAUCACCGAGACACAACGUCUUCUAGUCAAACAAACCUUUUGAUGUACAUUUUAAUUCGAAUAAGUGGUCCAUUCUUUAUCAUUUAAUUCAAAAGUAACAGAUUAUACGCAGUAAAAAAUGGUUCGGAGCUCCGCGUAGUUCAGGAUGCUGAUUGUAUAAUAAACUGUGCACUGAUUCCAUCAGAUGAUGCAUCUCACAGCUGCUUGACUCUCCUCUGUUUGAUCUUGCUGUGUAGUCACAUGUUUAGAGGGAUACAUGAGAUCUGUAAAUCUAGACCUGAACAUGUAGAAGUGAUUCUGUCCUCCGAGAUUAAAGCUAUGCUGGUAAUUUGUACAGUUAGUAUAUCUGUGUCUGGGUUUAGGACUUGUGUCUCAGGGUGUGUGAGGAGAGAUUAUCCUACAUCUGAAUUUUACCAUAAGCGCCUCAGUUCUCUGUCGAUUGUACAUAAUAUCACCAUGACAAUAAAGCAGCCAGUCUUUUUCAUGUUCA